GUGGCGGAACCUCAGUGCGGGCUCCAGUUUCCGGGGGAGAGGCCGAGCGGUUGCGCACAAGAUGGCGGCGCAGCAGGAGGAAGCGGUUCGGGAGUUCGUGCUGGUUACCGGGGCGGAGGAGGAGCGGGCCCGGUUCUUCAUGGAGUCGGCGGGGUGGGACCUGCAGUUGGCGCUGGCAAGUUUCUAUGAGGACGGAGGGGAUGAUGAUAUUGUGACGCUACCGCAGCCGCUACCGGGCCCCGGGUCCCACGGCUCUGGGCCUAGUGAUCACAGGGUGACCUCCUUCAGGGACCUGGUGCAUGCACAGGAGGAGGAGGAGGAGGAAGAGGAAGGUCAAAGGUUCUAUGCGGGGGGCUCGGAGAGGAGCGGGCAGCAGAUUGUUGGACCCCCCAGAAAGAAGAAUCCCAAUGAAUUAGUGGAAGAUUUAUUCAAAGGAGCCAAGGAGCAUGGGGCGGUGGCCGUGGACAGAACCACAAAGAGCCCCGGAGAGAGCAGCAAAGCCCCGGUGUUUGGGGGGGGCGGGUACCGUUUGGGGGCGGCGCCGGAGGAGGAGUCGGCUUAUGUAGCUGGAGCCCGCAGGCAAAACUCCACUCAGGACGUGCACGUGGUGCUGAAGCUUUGGAAGAGUGGGUUCAGUCUGGAUGAGGGGGAGCUGCGCAGUUAUCAGGAUCCGGCCAACGCUCAGUUCCUGGAGGCCAUACGCCGGGGGGAAAUCCCGGCAGAGCUGCGCCGAUUGGCUCAGGGCGGCCAAGUGAAUCUGGAUAUGGAGGAUCAUCGCGAUGAAGAUUAUGUCAAACCCAAAGUCAGCUUCAGAGCCUUCACUGGGGAGGGCCAGAAGCUGGGCAGCACGGCCCCCAAUGUUCCCAGUGCCGCCUCCCCAAGGCAACAGGCACAGAAUGAGGCCAAUGCCAGCUCGUGGGUCGCCCUCGACAACAAUGAGCCGGUCACCAGCAUCCAGAUCCGAUUGGCCGAUGGGGGGCGACUAGUCCAGAAGUUUAACCACAGCCACAGGAUCCGGGACAUCCGCCUGUUCAUAGUGAAUGCCCGCCCCGCCAUGGCGCUGAGCAGCUUCGUGCUGAUGACGACUUUCCCCAAUAAGGAUCUGAGGGAGGAGGAGCUAAGCCUGAAGGAAGCCGACCUGCUGAAUGCCGUCAUUGUGCAGCGAUUUACUUGAUCCCCCUGUGCCCCCCGCUUUGCCCUCCUCCUGCAGCUUGCACCCCCCCCCCCCCGCUGGUGACUGGGAGUCGCCCCGUAUUGUAGCUUUGGGGGGGGCCGCUCUCCCCCCCGCCCUGUUCUGCAGAAUUUGUAAUAAUAAGAGUUGGACUUCACCAUGAAAUAAAUAGGAACCCAGUGUCUGUG